AGUCUUGCUGUCAAAGUUGUUAACCAAGCCAAGUAUAACAUUACUAUUCAUUGGCAUGGAAUCAGACAGAUGAGAAAUGGGUGGGCGGACGGGCCGGCUUAUGUGACACAGUGCCCGAUUCAGCCAGGGGGGGCUUAUACGUAUCGAUUCAAGAUAGAGAAUCAAGAGGGGACGUUGUGGUGGCAUGCACACAGUUCUUGGCUUAGGGCUACUGUUUAUGGAGCUCUGAUAAUUUUUCCUAAGCAUUCUGCUUAUCCUUUUCUCAAACCUCACAGAGAGUUCCCUGUGCUUCUUGGUGAGUGGUGGAAUCAGAACCCCCUUGAUGUAAUCCGGCAGGCCCUAAAGACUGGAGCGGCUCCAAACAGCUCUGAUGCCUUCACCAUUAACGGUCAGCCAGGAGAUCUCUACAAUUGCUCCACCAAAGGAACCACCGUUUUCCCCGUGAGCUCCGGCGAGACGAUACUCCUCCGCCUCAUCAACGCCGCCAUGAUCACCGAGCUGUUUUUCUCCAUCGCAGAUCACAAAAUGACUGUGGUGGCCGCCGACGCCUCCUACACAAAGCCCUUCACAACCUCCGUCAUCCUUCUCGGCCCCGGCCAGACCACCGACAUCCUCAUCCAAACCAACCAGCCCGCCGGCCGCUACUACCUCGCCGCUCAAGCAUACAACAGCGCUCCACCAGGCACCGCUUUCGACAACACAACAACCCCCGCCAUCCUCAGCUACUCCAACAGCCCCAUUUCCUCCCCCCCAAAACCCGCCGUCUUACCCGCCUUCAACGACACCGCAACCGCCAUUGCAUUCUUGGCGAGCAUUAAGAGCCGGCGACCGGUCAAAGUCCCCGCUCCUGUAGACGAGCGCCUCUUCUUCACCGUCGGGUUGGGUCUCUCCAACUGCCCGCCGGGAAGAACAUGCGCCGGUCCGAACAACACUCGGCUGACCGCUAGCAUGAACAAUUACUCAUUUGUGCUCCCGAAAGGUCUCUCUUUGCUGCAAGCAGCGCAGUCAAAGGUUCCCGGCGUGUUCACGACUGAUUUUCCGGCAACCCCGCCGGUGAAAUUUGACUACACCGGCAAUGUAAGUCCGAACCUUUACCAACCGGUUAGGGCGACGAAGCUCUACCCGCUGAAAUACGGCUCUGUUGUUCAGAUAGUGAUGCAGGGGACCAAUAUUUCGGCAGCGGAGGAACACCCGAUGCACAUCCAUGGAUACGAGUUUUAUGUUCUGGCUUCGGGGAUGGGAAACUUCGACGCCAAGAGGGAUACUGCAAAAUUCAAUCUUGUUGAUCCGCCGCGGCGGAACACCGUGGAGGUGCCGGUGCUGGGGUGGGCGGUGAUUAGGUUUGUGGCUGAUAACCCUGGGGUCUGGUUCGUUCACUGUCAUAUAGAGUCGCAUUUGACGUGGGGAUUAGCCAUGGCUUUCUUGGUGGAGAAUGGAGUGGGAAAACUUCAGUCAACCAUUCCGCCGCCGCUUGAUCUUCCCAAAUGCUAGGAGUUUCAAGAGCUUUUGAUUGAGUUUGUGAUGGAUCCGGAUGGAGACUUCUGCUGCUCUGUUUGAGUUUAGGGUAUUUGAUUGGCUUCAUCAUUGGUGUGUGUGCCUGGUUUGGGGAUUUUAGGUAGCUGAUUUUGAUUGCUUGUUCUGCAAGUGAGAGCGGAUUAAAUGUGAGAAAUUGUUUCUGCUGAAUUACAGCAGGGGAU